GGCAAUAAAGACUUGUAAUAGGAACCAUAAAACUUCCCAGCUGGAUCAUAAUUUCAUUUGUUGACCCUGUAACUCCAGCCUUGCUUUACAGUCUGUGUAUUCUCAGAAUUUGUCAGGAAUUAUAACAGCACUCGAGCGGAGGUAUUAAGGACUAAGGCACAGAGAGAGAGGAGGAGAAGAGACAGAAAGAAUAAGCCGACUAGAGAGCAUGACAAUGAACAUCAUCCCAAGCUUAAAUGCUGGAACUUGGGCACUGCUUGUUCUCUUCCUGACUCUCCUUUAUCUAUAUGGGACCUGGACACACAAGCUCUUUAAGGACCUGGGAAUUCCAGGACCAUCACCUCUUCCUUUCUUUGGCACUUUACUUUCUCAUAACAAAGGUUUUACAAAUUUUGACCUGACUUGUUUUAAAAAAUAUGGGAGAAUCUGGGGGUUUUUUGAUGGCAGACAACCUGUAUUGGCCAUCACGGACCCAGAGAUUAUCAAAUCAGUGAUGGUAAAAGAGUGCUAUUCUGUCUUCACCAAUCGUCGGGGAGGUCUUCCAGCAAAGACUUUGUGGAGUGCUAUCACAUUCGUUCAAGAUGAUCAAUGGAAGAGGAUUAGAACAAUACUGUCUCCAACAUUUACAAGUGGAAAACUCAAGGAGAUGUUUCCCAUCAUUAACCAAUAUGGAGAUGUGUUAGUGAAGAACAUGCGGAAGGAAGCAGAGAAAAACAAGCCUGUGACUCUGAAAGACAUCUUUGGAGCUUUCAGCCUGGACGUGAUCACCAGUACUUCAUUUAGUGUCAAUAUUGAUUCCUUGAAUAACAAGGAUGAUCCCUUUGUCAGAGAAAUCAAUAAGAUAGUCCAAUGUAAUACUCUGGGCCCACUUAGGCUUACAGUGGCAAUCUUGCCAUUCCUUGUUCCUUUGUUUAAAAAGUUGGACCUAAGUCUAUUUCCGAGAGAACCAGUGGAUUUUUUAACAAAAUCAGUUAAAAAAAUAAAGGAAGGAAGAAAGAAAAAUUCACAGAUCCACCGAGUAGAUUUCCUUCAGCUUAUGUUGGAUUCUCAGACUUCUAACAAUUCAGAGAUGCACUCUCACAAAGAUCUGAGUGAUGAGGAAAUCGUAGCCCAAUCCAUUAUCUUUAUUCUUGCUGGAUAUGAAACCACCAGCUCAGUCCUUUCUUUCCUGUUUUACCACCUGGCCACCCACCCUGAGAUCCAGCAGAAACUUCAGAAGGAGAUAGAUGCUGUUUUACCCAACAAGGAAGCAGUCACAUAUGAUGCCCUGCUACAGAUGGAGUACCUAGACAUGGUGAUACAUGAAAGCCUCAGGCUGUUUCCCGUAACUCCCAGGAUGGAAAGGGUUGCUAAGAAAACUGUUGUGAUCAAUGGACUAACAAUUCCUAAAGGCACAGUGGUGAUGGCCCCAGCCUUUGUCCUUCAUCAUGACCCAGAAUACUGGCCAGAGCCAGAGGAGUUCCACCCUGAAAGGUUCAGCAAGGACAACAAAGGGAGCAUUAACCCCUAUGUGUACCUGCCCUUUGGUGCUGGUCCCCGAAACUGCAUUGGGAUGAGAUUUGCACUUAUGAACAUAAAAGUUGCAACUAGCCGACUCCUGCAGGAAUUUUCCUUCAGAACGUGUAAAGAGACACAGGUUCCUCUGAAGCUGAGCAAGCGGCCAUUCCUUUCACCAACUCUACCCAUCGUCCUGCAGGGUGUAUCAAGGACCAAAUAGACAAACCAAUACUAGAAAUUCUCCUUCUCAUUCUACUUAUUCCUAUCUACAGUCAUGCCCCAGAUUUCUCUUCUAGAGUUCAAAGACAUGGAAUCCUAGGUUUUAAGAGGAACUUAAUUUACCUUAUGAAGCAAACAAAGAAAAAGAUGUUUUUGUAAACCAGGAAGAUGAGUACUUAGAUAUUUCAGAUGGUCUUUUGGAGUCUGAGGACCAUUGUAUAAUGUUCAGUGGUGUCAAGUGUCACAUAAAAUGAUCUAACUGAGCACAUUCUAAAUGAAAUAACCCCCAAAUAGAUUGGUACCACUUGAUAUUAUUAGGCUAUAGUGAUGCAAUCCAUGUACAUGGAGAAACCACAAAUUGAUUGUUCAUUAUUCUUAUCAACAAUAGUCCUUAAUAAUUAGUAGUGAAUGUAGUAAUAUUUGAAGUGCAUUUUACUUAUUUUUAAAAUUUUGCAAUCGAUCUCAGCAAAACAUUUUUACUUUCUGUUUUUUUUUGUCAUUUUUUCCCUUUGUGUCUGUGUUUUCUUUCACAAUAUCACUACUAUGGUAAUAUGUAAUUGAUCAUAUGUAACCUAAAUGAAAAUGCUUCCAGUCUUUAGGAUGGGGAAGGUGGGGGAGGGAGAAAGAAAAUUUGGAACUUAAAAUUAAAAAAGAAACAAAUGUUAAAAUUGUCUUUACAUGUAGCUGGUGAAAAUAAAACAUUCAUUUGUUAUUCUGUAUUUGACAACUGUGUUGCUACAAACCAGUAAAGACAUUUCUGAAAACA